AUGGCCCAGAGCGUGGUUUAUGCUGACUUGAGGUUUGCCAAGGUGAUGGGGGGCCGGAGCAUGGCCAGCCAGGCACUGGAGGCAGCCCUUGGCAUGGAUGAAGCGGAGAGCCCCUACGAGAACAUGCAAUCGGCACCAGCGGGGCAGGAUGGGGAUGAGGACCAGCCCAGCCCAGGGCGCUGGCCCUGGCGGUUGUGCAUCCCUGUGGGGCUACUGGUAACAUGCCUGCUGCUGGUGGUGGCCACUGUGGCCCUGGGGGCUUGCUACUGGCAGGUCACCCGCAGCCUGCAGGAUGCCUCCCGUGAGCACGCGGCCGAGCAGGGCCGCCUCUCGCAGGAGGUGAGCGCGCGGGAGCAGAGCCUGGAGCAGACGCGGCUGGAGCUGGCGUGGGCCAGAGAGGAGCUGCAGCGAGCCUGGCGGGAGGGCAACAGCAGCCAGCUGGAGCUGGGGAGCCUGAACGCCGAGCUGGGGCGCACCAGGGGGAUCCUGGGGAAGAUGGAGAAGGAGAUGCAGGAGGUGCAGAGGGAGCUCAACAACAGUGAGAGCACUGUGGCCAUCCUGCGGUCCUGCACGGCUAUAGAUUGCUGCCCUUCUGGCUGGCUGCUAUACAGGGGCAAGUGCCUCUUCAUCUCGUCAGAGAAGAAGACAUGGGAGGACAGCAGAGAUGAGUGUGACAAGAAAUAUUCUCAGCUCCUGGUCACCAAAUCCUGGACUCGCUGGACUGUGCCGGCUUUCCUGAAGAACGCAGACAUCCCAUACUGGAUUGGGCUGCAGAAGGGCAGUUUUCCCUGGUAUGACUAUGGCUGGCUGGAGGAAGAGGACCCGGAUGGUGAUGGGGUGUCGGAUGCCUGGUUCUGGGUGGACGGCUCCCUUUAUGAAAGGCCAUGGCAGUCAAAGUCAAACGGAUCCUGUGCCAUAAUAAGCCGCGGGAACAUCAAACCCGCUCAGUGCGCCGGUCCCGACGACCUGCACCUCUGGAUCUGUGAGAAGGCGGCAGGGCCGAGCUCCCCUUUCAUGGGGUGA